CACACCCAUUUUCGAACUGUACAAUUCACUAUGGAAUUCCAUGUAGCUUUCAGGUAUGUACCAUACAUCAUCACUUGGAUUUGGUCUUCCUCAAUCAUUUUUUUUAAUAACCCUUUAGUACAAUCUGCUAGCUGGUCCUACUACCCUCUUCUUCUUCUUCUUCUUCUUCAAGGCCGGCCCUUUCAUUUUAUAUUCAUCAUUCCUUAUCUAUAUAUAUACCAGCUUCACCUUUGUCUGGCAUUACACUGGUAUCAAAUAAGCAUCUACCAACUUUAAUAUCCCAACAAGAUCACCAUGUCUAAGCAUUUCAAGCUUAAGCUUUCUCGUGUCAUACCUUCAUUUCAAAUCUGCCGAUCCAAAAGCGAUUCAGAAACUCCGAUUCCAGCAAUCUACCGUCUAUCGACUUUCAAUCGUAAAGCAUUUGACAUCAAUUACCCUAAACUUCCACACCCACCACCAACAACACCAGAUUCCCCCUCUAUCAGACGUCCUAUCUCGAGAAAGAAAGCAUCCUCUGGCAGCACCAGACGUCAACCGAGAUCACUUGCACAGUACUUAGCUGAUUGCAGCAUUGAAUCCCUGGAUUUUGCAUGCAAGAAAGAAGCUAACAAUAAUAAGUUUCCAUCCAGACCUCACCGUCUUUCGCAGUGUACUGUAUCCUUUUGUGAUGACAGUUUUGAGAAUUUCUCACCUGUUAUAAUAGCUGGAAAUCAGGAAAACAAGAAUCAAGAAAACCAUAAAGAUGAAAUAGGUAUUUCGUCAGAAUAUGAUGGCUGCUGCUUUAGUAGCGGAGCUGAAGAAAGUAAUGAAGUAGAAACUGAAACCUUAGUGUUUUCUUCGAGAAGCUUCUCAUAUGAUUCUUCUUAUGAUUUCUGUCAUCCAGCUGUGGAGACAAGAAUCAACAAAUCAGACAGCGGAACCAAGAAACUAAGUAAAACAAGAAUUCGGAAACUCAGACGCCAGGUCUCAAAGAACCUGCGGGUGUCUCCUGAGACUGUUAGUUCUCCGAUGAGGGGAUCAGUCCUGCGUCGGAUGACAUCGUGCAAGACUGACGGGAUGGUGAAGGAGAGCGUGGCGGUGGUGAAGAAAUCAGAGGAUCCUUAUGAGGAUUUUAAAAGGUCAAUGUUGGAGAUGAUAUUAGAGAAGCAGAUGUUUGAGGAAAAGGAUUUAGAGGAACUUUUGCAGUGCUUUUUGACACUAAAUUCGAGGCAAUAUCAUGGAGUUAUUGUGGAAGCUUUCUCGGAGAUUUGGGAAAUCUUGUUCUGUGAUUCUCCUGUACAGAAGAGGAAUUCUAUAAGAUUUGAAGGUUGAGGAUGGCCAAAAAGAAAACCGUUCUCUUUUUUUUUUUUUUUUUGGUCAUGUUUACGCGUGGAAUUUCAGCUUAUAAAUUAUGCUUAUGCUA